AGAACCCAGAUCCUCCCGACUCCCAGGCCUGGAUUCUGUCCUCUAGGCCACGCUCAUCCCUGAGGGGGAUUGCUCGGGCCGUAGCCCCGGACGAGAUGGAGUCUUGCCGUUGGGAGAGGAUGAAAGGGAAACGGCUCCAGACUCUGUGAAAAAUAAGGUUACAGUCCAGGCCCAGUCCGGCUUAGAAGAUCUGACCGUGGGUUGUUUGAGAACCCUGGAAAACCCAGAAUAUUUCGUCUAUCUACCGAACAGUCUCGCCCUUCCGGCCCAGGGGAGGUGAUGGAGGCGCUGAUGGGCCCUCGCCCGCAGAGGUGGGACACCGUGGACCCCGAGGACCGCCUGGCAGCCGCCGGCAUGACCUUCACCCGGGUCUGUGCCAGCCAGGGGGAGGGGGACAGUCAGCGGGGCGCCCGCCCGCCCUCGUACGACCCCUACAGCAAAGCCUCGGUGACCCCUGGCGGGUGGCCCCUGCUCCCGAGGCUUCCCCGGAGCCUGGCGGCCGAGGGGGCCGGGCCCCCCGAGCCCGCCCCCCAGGCAGCCCGGAAGAGGCCGGUGAUGAAGAGGAAGGUGCUCCGGAGGAAGCCCGACGGGGAGGUGCAGGUGUCGGACGAGUCCGCCCUCCGGGAGCCCGAGUCCAGCAGCGAGAGCGACCCGGAGAGAGAGCUGUGGGACUUGAGGCGGAGGCUGAUGGGGCUGCGGACCUACCGCCCCGCCAGCCCCCCGUCCCCGCCCACCAGCGACCGGGGCGGCUCCUCGGACCCCGAGCGCGGCUACCCGGGCGCCGCCCGGGGCGACCCAGCCGGCUACCUGCGGCACGAGGAGCCGGGCCAGCUGGCCUACGAGCAAGACCUGUUCCUCCCCAGCCGGGCCAGGUCCUUCAUCCUCCCCCCGGCGGAGCUGCCGGGCCGCGUCCGGGGCAAGGUGGACCGGGUGGCCCGCUACCUGGCGUACAAGCGCGACUGGGAGAGCUUGAGGCUGCCCGGGGAGACGGCGCACCGGGAGCUGCGCUGGGGCAUCCGCGAGCAGAUGCUCGACCGCCCGGAAGCGCCCCCCAGGCCCCACCAGGUCUACGUCCCCAACACCUACCUCGUGCCCACUGAGAAGAAGAGGUCAGCUCUGCGCUGGGGGGUGCGCUGUGACCUGGCCCUCGGCAUCAUCCCCCGGAAAGCCCCCUCCCUCUAGGCAUCCCCUCCCGCCCGUCUUCCCCGACACCCCCUCCCAGUCCGGCGCCCGGGCCCGGCCUCCAUCCUCCCCGAGAGGUUCGGAGGGGACGGGGCCCCGUCCCUCCCCCGGCCCCUUCUUUCCCUCCGGACAAAAUGACCGUAGAGCGAGGACCCUGCCCGUCGCCGGCUUCGUCUGGGUACGAAGGCCGCGGCGGCAACGGGGGAGAGGCGCUACCCGGGGCUCGGGGAGGGAGGGGAGUUGGGCAGGGGAAAGGGCAAGGGUCAGCAGGUGCCCGCAAAGCUUUCCCGGCAGAUUCUGUGCCGGCCUCCGCCCCCGGGGGCCCGGGCCUUUACCCUGCUGCGGGUCGGAGGAGCCCGGCGAUUCCAGAAUCUCCUGGGGUUGUUCUAUUCCCAGCCUCCAGCGUGGUCCCUGCCUAAUAAAGAGUCUUUUACACGGCAA